AUGGAUCUGCAGGGUGAUUUUGGGCUGAGCAGGGACUCGUUUGGAGUGUUGCUGACCCUCCUGAACCAGGACCGGCACCAUGGAUGGGGUGCAGAGAUUGAGGUCAUCGCCGCUUGUGCUGUCCUCCACAACAUCUGCCUUGGGGUUGGAGAUGUUGUGGCCCCAGAGGACAGGCCAGAGGACAGGCCAGAGGGGGAGGAGGAAACCGUCUCUGCAGUGCAGUGGAGAGACCGUCUUUCUGCUGAGCUGUCUGCCCUGGAGGAGGUGCAAAUGGACCACGAGUACCUUUAG